ACGCACGAAUUUAUAUCGCUAUAAGCCGUUCUGCUGUUCAUAGCGUUCGUAUCGAAGAUGGCAAGAACUAAGCAAACUGCUCGCAAGUCCACUGGAGGCAAGGCUCCUCGUAAACAAUUGGCGACAAAAGCGGCGCGUAAGAGUGCGCCCGCAACUGGUGGAGUAAAGAAGCCGCAUCGUUACCGUCCUGGUACAGUGGCACUUCGUGAAAUUCGUCGUUAUCAGAAAAGCACGGAAUUAUUAAUCCGUAAACUUCCGUUCCAACGGUUGGUACGUGAAAUCGCUCAGGAUUUCAAGACUGAUCUCCGUUUCCAAAGCUCAGCUGUUAUGGCUUUGCAGGAGGCAAGCGAGGCUUAUCUCGUAGGCUUGUUUGAAGAUACUAACCUUUGCGCGAUUCACGCCAAAAGGGUUACCAUCAUGCCUAAAGAUAUUCAAUUGGCACGUAGAAUUCGUGGAGAACGUGCUUGAAAUUAUUAUACUUUCUAAACGGCCCUUUUUAGGGCCAAAAGUUCUUUUACGUGGAAUGUUUAUUGGUCUUCCACGAUAGUUUCACUUAUUACAACUUUACAAUUUUCAAGAAUCAUGUGAAUCUAGUCUCAAGUCUUCAUUUAAAUCUUUCAUAAUUUCCAUAAAAAUUAAUUUUUAUUUCGUUGUUUUAUACAUCAAUAAUGUAAUCGAUAUUCGAUCUUUUAAUAAAAUUUGUGAAUACUGAAAA